UCAGCAGUCUUCUAUGUGGAGGCGCCAUUCAAAGCGAUUGUGCAAUACAAGUUUGUGCAUCAGCCCUUCUUUCACCAAUUACGGAAAAGCGCUUGCUUGCUGGAAACUUUAAUUUUUAAUUCUUUAUGCGAUGCACCAAUGACGACCAACGAAAUGAAGUAAACUUUAAUUAAUAGAUAAGAUAUUUCAGAAGAAAAUCGAAACUUCAGAGGAAUCCGAUAAGACGAUUUGAUCAUUUAGCGAGUCGCAACCAAUCGCUUCGUUACCAGUCUAAUUUGUUUGUCUCCUGCACGAGGUUGGGUGAUUUUAAAUUAUUCAUCAAGUGAUUCAUGAACGUCAUUUUUACACAGCGGCGUGUAAAUGAGUCUCACUGCAAAUGCCGCUAAGUCGCUUUUCAAAAAUAAAUAAAAAAGGAGGGCAUGUCCCCAUACUGCCUUAUAAUGGCUACGCCUAUGAUUUUAAGAUGCAUGUUUUGAUAUCAUCAGUCAUUCUGACUGUAUGGGAUUUUAAGUAGAUGAGAUUUUACUACUUUUUUUUUUAUCUAUUCCCCCUUGUAAAUGUGUAUUAUAAAGAAUUAUCAUAUCGUUGCACUUGGCUUUUUGAAAAACUUUUGCCAUUGAAAAUACGCCUCUUGAAAACUGUGAGAAAGAUUUUCCCGAUUCGCCACUUCUAAUUGGCUACUGAUAUCACAUGUGUGUUAUGAUUAUGACGUAACAAAAACAAAAAAAUCCAAAAUAUUUCCCUAAAACGGUGAUUAUUCGAGCUAGAUUCGACUGCUUUACAGCACGGGUAUUAAAUAUGCCUAUAAAACGUAAUAAAGUCGGUGAUUCAACUCAAGGGUAUGAUGAAGGUCACCGGGUAUCAUGUGGCCGAAAGAGACGAGGGCGAAGAUUUAGGAAGAAUUCUUCCGAUUUAGAAGAAGAUGAAGCUUCAUCUUAUUUGACAGCAGUGCAUUGUAUAUAUGCAUUUGCUUCAUGGUUCGGCAGAGGAAUGGUGAAGGCUAACAAAGUCUUGACAUUCACUCAAUGCCGUAAAUCACCAAUCGUGGACGAAGAUGCUCACAGGACUGACACGAUUUCAAAUACUAAGAAGACUCAGAACAAUACCAGAAUUGAAUGUAAUGUAAUGUAAAGAAGCAUACUGGAAUCGGAACUUCUACGUCCAGUGACCAGGUUCGGAAUGAGUCUUCAGAAAACAACAAUACUCUUUUGACUCCACUUGAAAUACGUGAUGUUACAUUGCCAACCUCAAGAAAUUCCAGUAGUGCUGACAUCGGAAAACUCUCGUCAAUGAAUCUUCGAGAAUUGGAGUCAGCAUUAUCGGUUUCUAGUGGUAAUUCAAAAACAGGAAAUAUAAAAAAUGAGACUGACUACGUCAAUGAGAAUUCAUUUGUUGCUCCCCAAGAUGCUGAGACUAUAUCAGCGCAGCAAGCCACGCCGCCACCAAACUCUGUUCCGUCUUUGACUACUGGAAUACUACCGCCUCCUUGCCUCCCACUUGAACUGGAUGCAAAGGUUCAUAGCAACGCAGUUAUACCGGGAAUAGACAAUGAUAUGCUGAAAUUCAUAAAACAAUUAGAAGACCAGAAAAAAUUAUUAAUGCGGGGUUUGGAAUCGAUUGUUUCGGCAAAAUUAUGGUUUGAAAAAAGCUUGGAGUAUGUCAACGAGAAACAGAGCCAACUAAAGAUGAAAAGAAAUGACAGUUCUGAACCAGUAAAAACAGUGGAGCCAGCGGAAAAUAUAUGCAACAAAGAUUUUUCUAUCGGAGACGCGUUCGGCAACUUUAAAUUUGAUGACAUAGCUGAGACAGAGAAUCAGAUAAAAUCACUCGUUAAUACUACGAGAAGACUGGAUAAAUUUCUCAAAACUUCGAAGAAACAAGUUACUGACAGGACAGAUCAACACAAAAACAAGAAAUUUCACAACAAAUCAACACAAACUUGCGUAUCUCCAAAUGAAAAACCCAAGGCCGACGGGGCUCCAAAACUGGACGUCCACAAUUACGAAGCUGACUACGAAGAUGAGAGUCACGAUGAAGGUUUAAUAAAAUCGUUGAAAAAUGUCUCUGAAAAAGAUAAACGGAGGCCAGUCCACGACAUACCUCGACAAGAUUCUUCAAAAUCAGAGGAAUCUGACAAUGGAAUAAAAGAAGUGGAGAAAAUAUAUGAAUUGAAACAGGACAAGGAGGAGAUCAAAAAAGAUCAGGAAAUAGACGACAAAUACGACGAAGCAUAUUAUGAGGAUGACUUUGAAAGUGACGAUGACGAUUCACGCAAAUCAUCUUCCGGGAAAGGUCAGAAAAUGAAUGACAAAGACUACGAAGCUUUAUACGAAGAUGAUUUUGAAACUGACGAUGAUGAUUCUACGAAGUCAUGAAUCAUUCAGUGACUUCAACCCUUCCAGCAGCAACAAUUUUGAGAACAAGAUUUGAUAUAUAUAAUUUCAUCAACUCAUCAUUUUGCAUUUUCAGUAUUAAUAAAUUUCAUAUUUUUGUUCAAUAUAAU